AUGCAAGACAUUUUAAAAGUGAAUGUUGCAUUUGCCAGAAACAAUGCAUCACCUAAGAUUCCUACAGCAACAAUGAUUGUGAAAAAAACAGCAGUGAUUCCAUCCACACCACGUCUACCACCCGUUGCACCACCUGUUGGGCCAAAUCUGAAAGGACCAAACCACAUUAAUGAGAACAAUAAUUGUACAAACCCUACAAAUCCUACGAACAUAAAUCCUAAUAAUAUGUGA